AUGUCCAUUUCACAUGCAAAAGGUUUACUGAACAGGCCUGGACAGAACAACUGCUUCAUGAAUUCAGCCGUACAGGUCUUGUGGCACUUGGACAUAUUUAGGAGAAGUUUUCGCGAACUGCGCGGCCAUGCCUGCAUGGGCGAUUCCUGCAUAUUUUGUGCCCUCAAGGAACUAUUCAAUCAAUUUCAGUCAAGCAAAGAGUCCGCAUUGCCACCUGACUCACUGCGUUUUGCUCUCGCUGAGGCGUUCUCUGACCAGCGUCGUUUUCAGAUGGGCUUCAUGGAUGACGCUGCGGAGUGUUUUGAGAACAUUCUGAUGCGAAUUCACUACCACCUGACCAACCAAGAGGUGAAUGACGCCCAGUCGCCACAGUGUCAACCGCAUUGCAUUCCGCACCAGAAGUUUGCCAUGAACCUCAUUGAGCAGAUUGCCUGUCACGCUUGCGGAGAAACAUCGGAGCCGCUGGUUUUCUCGCAAAUGGUGCACUACGCCUCCACGACUGCACUGUGUUCUCAGGCAAAGCUUUUCAACAGUGAUAGUACUUCGCUGAGUUUUGGCAGCCUCCUCAAGCUGGCCACUUCCAUGGGAGACAUUCGAAACUGUCCGGUGUUUGACCUGAACUGCGCCUCCAGUGGCAAGCAGCAGCAGCGACACCAGUUGAAUCUGGUGGGCCUAGUCACCUACUACGGAAAGCACUACAGCACCUACCUCUACAACUCCCAGCUGGCAGAGUGGAUCUAUUUUGACGAUGCCACUGUCCGGGUCAUCGGUCCCUCCUGGUCACAGGUCGUGGACAAGUGCCUGAAGGGACACUUUCAGCCACUGCUGCUGCUCUACGCCAACCCCAAUGGAACGGCGGUGAACACUGAGCAUGCCUUCAGUGAGAAUGUCUCAAUGACUGCCAUCAAGAAGGCUGCACCAUCGGAGCCCACUGCCAAGCAGUGCAGUAUGGCCAGCAGCACUGCGGCUUCACACUUUGAUCAAAUUCGAAAGGUGUCUCCUGUCAGUGAAAGUUACCUGGAGCAGGUGCCAGAUUCGCCUUCCGCCACCUCAACUACCUCAUACUUUAGCGACAUUGGCGACUCAACUGACGGGUACAUUAGUCGAAAGGCAGUGGAAAGUAUUCUCAAGAUUCAACAGCACAACAAAAAGAAAUCAGAGCAGGCGGAGCUGAUGAGCGCACAUGGCAUGUUCAACAAGCGGCAAAACCGCAACAGUUCAAGCAGUCUCGAAUCAUUCGACUCUGCGAAUGCUCUUCGAAUGAGCAGUCUUCCUCGAAACCACACUGUAGAGAGUCAGCUGAUCAGCUGUUCACUACAGCGCAGAGACUCAGGCAACUCCAGUGGUGACCGCUCCUCCAGUGUCUCCUCAGUGGACACUCCAUUCUACUCAUACAGAAGGCCACUAAAAAACGGUCAGCAAAAGUCAAGCAAACACUCUGACCAGGGCUACGACUCCUUUUCAGUGUCCAGCUCUGACAGUUACCCUUCUGCAGCCACUUCGCCGUCCAAACUGGCCGGCCAUAAGCUGAAGCAAAUACCUGAAGAUGUUCACCUGCUAGAGAUGAUCAAUGCAUCGGCAAGAAAUGAAUGCGAUCACCUCUUUGCAGAGAUGGAGAUACUGCUGCGCAAGUCGUACGACAAGGAGAGGGAGGGCGACCUGAGGGCAGCGGCCGCAUUGGCUGAUUCCGCUGCUUCAAAAGCCCGCAUCGCCAUGGACGCACCGUACAGCAACCACCACACUUUGAUAUCGGCCAAGAUGAAGUACAGCAUGUGCGUUAUGCGAUCCACUGGACUGCACCGACGCAUUCAGGAGGCGGAGGUGGAGGAGAGGCGGAUGAUGAAGGCCGUUCAUGAGUACCACCACAGUAGACAGUCAAGCAGGGACAGCAGUCACGGGAAGCACAGUCGCCAGGGAAGCAGAGACGGUAAAGAUCCUCGAGUCAAUGCAGUUUCCCCCUCCCGACAACAACAACAGCAUCAGAUAGUGGUACCAACCAAUCCAGCGCAGAAUGUGGAAAUCUACGCAACCCUGCCCAAGCGAAGCAAGCGAAAGAGUGUACUGAAAACUUCCAACGGAAAUCUGACCACCGAAGAAACGAGCUGUCAGUCAUUUGGCGCCGACGAGCGAUCUACACUGCCAAAGAACUCCAUACUACAGCAGCUUCAGAAAGAACAGAUGCGACCUGCCGCAGUGCUACUGCCCAACACCGAAAAGAAUGCUUCCACCAAAUGUAGGGAGUUGCCUCGCGAGUCAGACUUUAGCGACUACUACAGCGAAUGGGAAGGCACCAAGAGGCGGUCAGCGCUGGAGAAGGCAGCAUCGCCCUCAAACAGCUCUGGCUGGCAAAGCUGUCGCGAAAACGACAGUGAGGCGUACGGGGAAAUCAGCCAUACGGGCACUGUUCGGAAGCAGUGCAAGGUGAGGCGAAAGUUGCUGCUCGGUGGACUGCUGAAGACCAAAAACAGAAGCCUUCCUGACCUGAGUCGAGAUGAGAGUCUGCUGCAGGAGAGCAAGCCGGUCAGCAACAGCAGCCAAACGCCGCCAGUGCCGGCCAACAUCCACCGAGGCUUUCCUCUGGCCACAGUGGGCAGCAGAGGCAGCAAUCGACCCGCUCUGGUCAAGGUGAAGCCGCCUCUCAUUGGGGAGAUUGCACCGGCCACAGCGGUACAGCAGAAAGAGCGCAUCUACGAAAACAUUAGCCAGCUGCAGUUUGCAUCCAGUGGAAAGAGCUACGCAAAAGCACGCGCUCAAACGCCACCUCCUAGACCCGCACCCUCUCGACCUCAGCCACCUGUGCCACCACCACAGCAAGUGAAACCACUCGAAAGUGAGCCACUGGAGCCAGUGCCACAAAGCAGUACCAAUCCAUUUUUACUCGAGUUGAACAAGAAGCGAAUGGAAAUUCUGUCCAAACGAAGAGCCAAUGAGACCAAUCUUUCACAGGUGCAAACAACAGUUGCUAAAA